AUGGAUUUAAUGCUAGACUAAGAGAUUGCCUAGGUAGAGAAGGUAGAAGAAUAGAUUUCUAGCUCUUCUGAAUGUUCUUAAAACUCUGAUUCUUCUUUUGAUUUAGAAAAUAAUGGCAACAACAAAUCACAUCUAAAAUAACUGGCAAGUGACCAAAACGGAGAUGAUAAAAAAAGAAAAGGUAAGUUUGGCUUAAAAUAUGCCAAAAUUUCGAACAGGUAGAGACAAGCAUUGAUCGAAAGAGUUACCUCUACUGGUUGUACUAUUAAGAGUGCUGCUAAAGACUUGAGUAUCAACUUCUCAACAGCCAAGGCAAUUAUGCAGAUUUUUAGAAGAGAAGGUAGAGUAACAAAAAAAAUAGUCAGAGAAAUAAAAUAGAAAUCCAAUAAGAAUUUAGGAUCAAAUAACGAAGAUAACAUUUAGAAAAAAUCUUUAUUUGACACCUAAAAUCAGAAGUUUGUAAAAGUUGAGGCAAUUUAGGACAAUAACGAGACAAAUUUAUAUUAAUAGGCAGAAGAGGCCAAUAGACAUUAAGCUUUAAUUAUUCAACAAUUGAAUACUUAAAACCUAUAUUUACAAAGCAGAAUUAAUCAAUUAUAACAAGAUAAAUUAUAAUUAAACUCAAAGUAUGAAUUAAUGGUAAUGCAAUAUCAUUAAUUAUAAUAAAUGGCUCAACAAUUCCUUUAGCCUUGCAUGUUCUAAUUUCCUACAUUUGCUCAGUGAAUCUUUAACCUUAUUCAAUAUCUAUUAUUAUAAAUAAAUUUUAAUAAUAUGUAAUUAAAAACAAAAA